AUGAAGGUCGUUCAGGUACUUGCUGUGCUGUUCUAUAUGGCCUUGGGAUCAUCCAUUGCCACUGAUGCCAAGCACCAUCAUGGAGAACGUGCUUCAGUCGAAGGUGAACAAUCGCAUCUUCGAACCAAGCAGCAGCAUGGCCGACACGAGCACUCUGAAGCCAGAGAUGCAUCGAGCAAGAAUGUGGUCAAGACAGAAACUCACAAAACCCAGCAGGAACGGUUUUUUGAUGAGGAUGGCUUCUGUGGUGACACGUGCGAGUUCUGUGAUGCCUUUGGCAGCCUCGCCACUGCUACUCAAAAACUGCAAUCCAAGGUGGCAUACCCCAUCAGUCUUGUCCUGCCGUUCACCUCUUUUGCAAGCAAUGUGACCACAUUUCGCUACGAAAUGGCUGAAAAACUGCUCCCAAUCAAACAUACACUGGAAACCAUUGAGGUUGUCGUCGAUAACAUCUUGCCCUUAGUGAGUGCCGAACCGUAUAUCGGAACUUUGAUGAAGACCAUCAGCGUGAAACUGGACAUUCUCGGUCUCAAAUUGGAUGUGAUUGUGAACGAUAUUCCAACCUUGGAAAGAAACAAGAAUGCCACCACCUUUUUGCACAAUGGCCUCUCAACAGCAAAGGAAACUAUUGAGUAUGCCAACAUCAUUUCAAGUGCAGCGAACACCACAAUCGGUUUGGUUAGGACAGUGGGCUGCUCUGGUUGCCACCAGGAACUCACCAUGUCGGCUGUCAACGUAGAAAAAAUUGAGGCGCUAAGUGAGAAGAUGUAUGGAAUGAUGGAUCACUUCAACUUGCCCGCAAUACCAUUUGAAUUACCAAAGUUCGACUUCAACCUUGACUUCCUCGAUGAAGUGAAGGAAAAAUUCUCAAAAUUUCAAGACAGCAUGCAAGACAUCCUCGAUAGGACAAAGAAGGAUAUUCAAACCAAUUACGACUUUCACAAAUGCUGUACACCAAACGUGCAUUACAUUGCAACGAUUGGGGAGGUGUUUUCGGACAUGAAGGAUCUAAUUACAUGUGUACCAAAUACUGGUAUCACUGGAGUAAUUAUGGCUGCGCUGAAUCCUCUACUGAAACAGGUGGACAUGCUUUUUGUUGACUUCAAUGCAGCUAUUGCAAAGCUCAAUGUCUUCGGGAAUCAAAUCGUGGAUCUCAUGAACAAUGUCCAAGUCGUCCCCAAGUUUAUGAAUGAUAUCUCCCAGAUCAUAGAUAAAUCGGCUGCCUUGAUUGCUUGGAAUUCUUCGGAUUCCUUGGCCGCCUGGAAUGCCUUGAAUGCCUCGGCUGCCUUUAAUGCUUUGAAUGCUUUGGUGGUAUUCAACAGUACUACUUGUAACGUGGGAUUUGCGGAUGACAUUUUUUCUCUUUCUUCUAUCUGUGGAGAACAAAGGUGCACUUUCCCAGCCAUACAACCUAUAACGUUUGCCAACAAGGCUGCAGAACCUUUGUCGGCGAUCUGGGAGAGUAUGCAAAAAGAAUGCAAUAGAGCUUGGGAUGACCUGAAGGAUAUAGAAGAACAGACACCGUGUUGCGAAGCCAGCCGCAUUGCACUUGGUGCGCCACCGAUGGGCUACCCCCAUGGACACAGUUGUGCCAUGUCGAAAACUUAUAUCUGUGCAUAUCCUCACGUUUGCCUUGGAGGAGCACCAGGCAUUACGAGCGGUACGUGUCAAAGUGGCCAAGUGGGUUCUUAUUGUGGCCGGGAUGUGGACUGUUUGGAUGACGCCAAAUGCGUCCUAGGUUCAUGCAGAGCCGGAAAGGUCGAUGACCGGUGUGAAUUCGAUAGCGAUUGUAUUGACAACAAAUGUGUCCAGUUAUUUUGUCGCUCUGGAAAAGACGGUGCCAAGUGUGAGCUGAACUCUGACUGCGACUCUGAUCGUUGUGAAUGGUGGGGACAUGUCGGAUAUUGCAAAGCAAAGCUUGGAUAUGGGUCAUAUUGCAACGAGCACGCAGACUGUCAAUCCAAUUAUUGUUCGUGGAGAUUCAGGUGCAAUUAA